AUGACAUCAUAUAUCGAAAAGCUCACGUCGGCAGCAUCGUAUCUUGAUACACUUCCGGAUGAGCAUCACGAUUUCAGGAAACCCACCGCCAAGGUUGUAACGACGCAACUGACUAUUGCUACUUUACUAGGUAUUUUUGCUUUGCUUUCGUUCUCAAUCCUGUUAAAAAAGUGGCCCAGAUUAUACGCAAGCAGACGAUAUAAAGAUGAUGGCAAUCUUCGCCUACCAUCGUGGAAUCAGUCAAGUUUAUUUGGUUGGUUAACAGUGUUGUAUAAAAUACGGGACGAACAAAUUCUGGAAUAUGCAGGUUUAGAUGCAUACGUAUUUUUGAGUUUUUUCAAAAUGUGCAUAAAAUUACUUUCUAUUUUUUGUUUCUUCUCUGUGUGCGUUAUAUCUCCAGUAAGGUACCAUUUUACUGGAAAGAUUGAUGAUGGCAACGAUGAUGAUGACAAUGAGAAUUCCUUGAUGCAUCUAUUAAAAAGAAUUGUGGAGGGAAGUGGCGAUGGUGACAAUCAUUCAGCUCCCGAACGUACAAAUGUGUACCUCUGGAUGUAUGUUAUCUUCACAUACUUUUUCACCUUUAUAGCAAUUAAAAUGGCAGUCGCGGAAACAAAGCAUGUGGUAAGUACUAGACAAGCUUAUCUUGGUAAGCAAAAUACCAUUACUGAUAGAACGAUAAGACUCUCAGGCAUUCCGAUAGAGCUUCGUGAUUCAGAAGCCUUAAAGACCAGAAUUGAACAAUUAAAAAUCGGCACUGUUUCAUCAAUCACUAUAUGUCGAGAGUGGGGUCCUUUGAACAAACUCUUUCAUUGUCGGAAGAUGAUACUUAAGAACCUGGAACUAAAAUAUGCAGAAUGUCCAAGAGAGCUCCGUACCCGGCAACCGUACUCGGAGAACUAUCACUUAUUAGGAAACGGGCAAUCAGGCGAAGUUUCGCAUGGAGAACAUGUCUCACAAAGCAAUAAUAACGAGGACGAUGCGGCACUAUAUUCUCAAAUUUCUCUUGGAGAAAGACCAAAAAUGAAAAUUGGUUAUCGUGGUGUUUUUGGGAAGGAAGUAGAUGCCAUAGAAUAUUUGGAACAGCAAUUGAAAUUCAUUGACGCAGAAAUUACUGAAGCGAGGAAGCAACACUACUCUGCGACACCUACGGCAUUCGUAACCAUGGAUUCUGUUGCUAACGCGCAAAUGGCAGCUCAGGCUGUAUUAGAUCCUAGGGUACAUUACUUCAUAACCAGGUUGGCUCCUGCGCCUCAUGAUAUCAAAUGGGAUCAUGUCUGUCUUUCUAGAAAGGACCGAUUAACAAAAGUUUAUUCUACUACCGUAUUUAUAGGCCUGUCGAGUUUGUUUUUAGUUAUUCCUGUAUCAUACUUGGCCACAUUGCUAAAUUUGAAAACCCUUUCAAAGUUCUGGCCAAGUGUAGGGCAGCUGUUGAAAGAUCACCAAUGGGCUGCCAACAUUGUAACAGGAUUAUUACCAACCUAUCUCUUCACGUUGCUUAACUUUGGCAUUCCCUAUUUUUAUGAAUAUUUGACUUCUUAUCAAGGACUGGUAUCAUACAGCGAAGAGGAAAUCUCGCUUGUUUCCAAAAAUUUCUUUUAUAUUUUUGUUAACCUAUUCUUAGUUUUCACGUUGGCAGGUACCGCAUCUAAUUAUUGGGCAUACCUCAGCGACACUACUAAAAUUGCCUAUCAACUUGCUACGUCCGUGAAAGAGUUCUCCUUAUUCUAUGUCGAUUUGAUUAUAUUGCAAGGUAUUGGUAUGUUCCCGUUUAAGUUAUUAUUAGUUGGCAGUUUGAUCGGCUUUCCUUUGGUGAAAAUCAAGGCUAAAACCCCCCGGCAGCGAAAUGAACUUUACAACCCACCGAUAUUUAAUUUUGGACUACAAUUACCACAGCCAAUUCUGAUUUUGAUUAUAACGCUGAUCUACAGUGUGAUGAGCACAAAAAUUUUGACGUCGGGGCUGGCAUAUUUUAUUAUUGGGUUUUAUGUCUAUAAGUAUCAAUUGAUUUUUGCCACAGAUCAUUUGCCUCAUUCUACAGGGAAAGUAUGGCCAUUGAUUUUCAGAAGAAUCAUCGUUGGAUUGCUGUUGUUUCAAUUAACAAUGACAGGAACACUGGCAGGAUUUGAAGGAGGAUGGGUAUUGUCAUCUUGUCUCUUCCCGCUCCCGGUAGUGACUUUAUGUUUUCUAUAUGAUUUUGAAAAGAACUAUUUGCCGUUGUCAAAAUAUAUUGCUUUAAGUUCAAUUCGCGAGUACGAAAGAGACAAUUCUACGGUUAACUCCGCCAACGAGGAAGAGUCGUAUGCGUAUCCUUACGCUGUGAGUGAAUUAGAAGGUCCGAUGUUAGAUUAA